CUUGUGGUCCAUGGGAAACAUGUCCACAACCAAGGGCUGGAACAGCUCCUCAGUCACCAUGUUCAUUCUCGUGGGAUUCACAGACCGUCCAGAGCUCCAGGCCCUCCUCUUCGUGACCUUCCUGGGCAUCUAUUUGGUGACUCUGGCCUGGAACCUGGCCCUCAUCUUUCUGAUCCGAGGUGACACCCAUCUGCACACUCCCAUGUACUUCUUCCUCAGCAACCUGUCCUUCAUUGAUAUCUGCUACUCUUCCGCAGUGGCUCCCAAAAUGCUCACUGACUCUUUCCGGGAGCAGAAGACCAUCUCAUUCAUGGGCUGUGCCACCCAGUUUUUUUUCUUUGUCGGCCUGGGUCUAACUGAGUGCUUCCUCCUGACAGCCAUGGCCUACGACAGGCACGCAGCCAUCUCCAGCCCCCUUCGCUAUACCACGAUCAUGCCCCAGGGCCUUUGCACACGCAUGGUGGUUGGGGCCUAUAUCGGUGGCUUUCUGAGCUCCCUGAUCCAGGCCAGCUCCAUAUUUCGACUCCAUUUCUGUGGACCCAGCGUCAUCAAUCACUUCUUCUGCGACCUUCCGCCAGUCCUGGCUCUAUCUUGCUCUGACACCUUCCUCAGUCAGGUGGUGAAUUUCCUUGUGGUGGUCGCUGUCGGGGGGACAUCAUUCCUCAUCCUCCUUAUCUCCUAUGGUUACAUAGCGUCUGCUGUCCUGAAGAUCCGCUGGGCGCAAGGCCGAUGGAAAGCCUUUAACACAUGUGCCUCACACCUCGUGGUGGUGACGCUGUUGUUUGGGACGGCCCUUUUCAUGUACCUGCGACCCAGCUCCAGCUACUCGCCUGGCAGGGACAAGGUAGUUUCUGUGUUUUAUGCCCUUGUGAUUCCCAUGCUAAACCCUCUCAUCUACAGUUUGAGGAACAAAGAGAUCAAGAAUGCCCUGUGGAGGGUGUUGGAGAAGAAGAAAGUGUUUUUCUAGGCCAUGAGUAGAGACAUAUUUCUCUUGCUGCAGAUUUAAAUGAUCCAAGGCAUCCCUGCCAUCUCUGC